UCUGGUUUGUUGGUUCAUCGUGAUCAGCCUAAUAAUAAUGCAAAAACACCCUUUGAAUUCACUGCAGAAAAUUUGAAAAGAAUAAAAGCGGUAAUGAACAAUUUUCCUGAAGGCUAUAAAUGUGGUGCACUUAUACCCGUACUGGAUAUCGCUCAGCGACAGCAUGGAUGGUUACCAAUAUCUGCAAUGCAUGAAGUUGCUCGAAUACUUGAAAUCCCACGCAUGAGAGUAUAUGAAGUAGCCACAUUUUACACGAUGUUCAAUCGACAGCCGGUUGGUAAAUAUUUUCUUCAAGUUUGUGGCACUUCACCUUGUAUGUUAAGAGGUGCGGAAACCAUCAUAGAAACUAUUUCGAAGAAACUAGGAAUAAAGAUUGGUGAAACCACGCAAGAUGGUCUUUUUACUCUCACUGAAGUUGAGUGCUUGGGAGCAUGUGUGAAUGCCCCGAUGAUGCAGGUCAACGAUGAUUUUUAUGAGGAUCUCACUCCAUCCGCUACGGAAGAAAUUCUUGACUCUUUCAAGAGUGGUCAGAGACCACGACCGGGCCCAGUUAGUGGUCGUCUUGCUGCUGAACCUAUGGGUGGGCUCACUACAUUGAAAGAACCUCCUAAAGGUCCGGGCUUUGGCAUCCAGCCUGGUUUGUGA